UCCAUUUUUUCCAACCAUUUUGACCGUAAUAAUCGCGUCCGGACGCUCGCCCCUUCCAGGUUCAAGGCGAAUCUGUGGAUGUCUGAAUCCUUCCCGCUGUCGCUGGUCGAACAGGUCAGCCCCAUCGUUGACCUGAUGGCGCGCACCAGUGCCCAUUUCGCGCGGCUGAAAGACUUCAUCACCUUGGACUUCCCGCCGGGAUUCCCUGUCAAAAUCGAGAUCCCGUUGUUCCAUGUACUCAAUGCGCGGAUUACUUUCGGAAAUGUCAACGGAUGCAGCACCGCGGUUCAGGAGCCGUCCGCGCAGGUUCCUCCUCCGGCUGCCGCAGCCCCCACCAUCGCCAUCGACCCGUCAGUCUUUGAAAUACCGCCGUCAUACCGCGUCCAGGACGACGGCCGCAGCACGCAGGUGCAGGACGAAGACAACGCCAUCAUGCAGUUCGCCAUCCAGCAGAACCUGAGGGAAUCCUUCUGGAGCGGA